AUGGCUCGAGUAUACGCCGACGUCAACCAGAACAUGCCUCGGAGCUACUGGGACUAUGACAGCGUUAACAUCGGUUGGGGAGUCCUGGAAAACUACGAGGUCGUUAGGAAAAUUGGCCGCGGCAAAUAUUCCGAGGUGUUCGAGGGGAUCAACGUGGUCAACUACCAAAAAUGCGUAAUCAAGGUGCUCAAGCCCGUUAAGAAGAAGAAGAUAAAGCGUGAGAUCAAGAUUCUGCAGAAUUUGGCUGGUGGGCCCAACAUUGUCGAGUUGCUCGAUGUGGUGCGGGAUUCACAGAGUAAGACGCCCUCGCUCAUCUUCGAAUACGUCAACAACAUCGACUUUCGCACCCUCUACCCAAAGUUCAACGACAUCGAUGUGCGGUACUACAUCUACGAGCUGCUCAAGGCCCUCGACUACUGCCACAGCAAGGGCAUCAUGCACCGCGAUGUCAAGCCCCACAACGUUAUGAUCGACCAUGACACCAAGAAGUUACGUCUCAUCGAUUGGGGUCUCGCCGAGUUCUACCACCCCGGCACCGAGUAUAACGUCCGCGUGGCCUCCCGCUACUUCAAGGGUCCGGAAUUGUUGGUUGAUUUCCAGGAGUACGACUACAGCCUGGACCUGUGGAGUCUCGGCGCCAUGUUUGCCUCGAUGAUCUUCCGUAAGGAGCCAUUCUUCCACGGCAACAGCAACGCCGACCAGCUCGUUAAGAUCGCCAAGGUCCUCGGCACCGACGACCUCUUUGACUACAUCGACAAGUACGAGAUCGAGCUCGACGCCCAGUACGACGACAUCCUGGGCCGCUUCCAGAAGAAGCCUUGGCACAGUUUCGUCAAUUCGGAGAACCAGCGUUUUGUCAGCAACGAAUCGAUCGACUUUCUCGACAAGCUCCUGCGCUACGACCACGCAGAACGUCUCACGGCCAAAGAAGCCAUGGCACACCCGUACUUCGCCCCCAUCCGCGACCCAGAAACUCUCCAGCAGUAUCUCUCUGGCGACACGCAAUCUUGA